AUCCGUCCAUCCCGUCCCUGGCACGGCGUUCCCAGCCAACAAUGAGCCCAGCCAGCUCUUGCUUCACGCUGGGGGUGGGGGGAUGGCACAGCUGCCACACCUCGGGCAACAAGGACCCCCGGGGAUGCAUGCUGAGGGUGCUGGCUCCUUGAGCAGAGCCCACAGCUGGGUGUGGAGAGUGGUGCCCGCUGUUUGCCUUGGCACCUCUCCACCCUGCUGGGAAAAAGCCCUCAGAGGUUUCAUUUCCCCCUCCUCGGCUCCUCUCCAGGCUCAGCAAACAGAGCACAAGUGGCACCUUGGCAGCUGAGGUGGCAUCAGCCUCCUGCCACCCACCCAGGACCCUAUAAAUGCCCUUAGCUCCUGCUGGCAGACAGACAGGAGGCACUCGUCGAGGGAGGAGGGCAAGAUGGAUGGCAGCACCAAAGAGGCACUGCUGGAGGAGGCACCUCCGAGGUACACGGCCACCCCCCACCCGCCUGGCAUCCUCCCCCACCAGCUCAAGUGCCUGCUGCUCGCCGUGGUGGUGGUGCUGAUCCACCUGGUGGUCAUCGUCGCCUUCCUGCUGCUGGGGCUGCACAUCACCGAGACCCACACCGAGACGGUCCUGCAGAUGACCACCCAGGGGCUGGGCGGCGAAGGACCCCCCCAGCGCCUCUCCAUGAGCCGGAGGGAGCGGACAGGGACGCUGGCAGUGCCCGAUGGGCUCAACGCCUCUGCCAUGGUGGUCUACGACUACAGCAAGCUGCUGGUGGGCUACAGGUCCUGGCGGCACCAGGCCUGCUACGUUACCCGCCUGGACGGCGACAGCAUCCCGGGGCUGGACAGCGUCACCGACACCUUCCGGCGCCGGCAGGCUGAGCUGGAGGGGACUGGGGGCAAUGCCACCCCCUUGGCUGACCGCUCCAUCCUGGGCACCACCAUGAACAUCCUCUGCAGCACUGUCCCUGACCAGCAGCUGCCAGGCAGCCCAGGCUGGGAGGAGGAGGAGGAGAAGGAGGCAGUAAUGGAGAAGCAAGUGGUGGUUGAAGAGCCUUUGGAACCAGACAAGGGCUGCUGUGGCACCGGCUGCUGCAAGCCAGGCUGCUGCUGCCUGCCCUGCACCAAGUGCUGCCUGCCCUGCGCCAGCUGCUGUGCCAAGUGCUGCCUGCCCUGCACCAGCUGCUGCGCCAAGUGCUGCCUGCCUGGCUGCUGCAAGUGCCCGCGCUGCCCCGGCUGCUCCUGCCUGAAGAAGGCUCUCUGCUUCGUCCCGCGGCUGCUCUGCUGCCUGCCCCGCAAGCUGCUCAGCUGCCACCACCUCAGGUGCCUGCUGAUGGCGGUGGUGGUGGUGGUGCUGCUGGUGGUGAUCAUCGCCGGUGCCCUGCUGAUGUGGCUGCGCGCGGACCAGGCGCAGGCUGAGGCUGUGCUGCGGCUGGGGCUGUGGGGAGGAGCAGCCUGGGAUGAGGACGUGGCCACUUUCUACCUGGACAGUGGGGAUGGGAACCCUGCCACGGUCAUCUACGACUACAGGAACCUGCUGGCCAGCUACAGAUCCCAGCUCCAGCACUCCUGCUACAUCACCCCUCUGGACAAGGACAACAUCCCAGGGCUGGACACCAUCGCUGAGAGCUUCCAGCGGCGGCAGGCUGAGAACAGACUCACCAUGCCCGUGGCUGAUCGCUCCCUCCUGGGCACCACUGCGAGCAUCCUCUGUGCCUCCAUCCCCAUCUUCUGGGCUUAGCCUUGCUGGCAGCCCAGCCUACACCAUGCUGCCACAACCCUUUCAUCCCUCCAGGAGCUUCACUCACACCUCUGCAAUUGGGCAGCUCCCUG